CGCCUAGUCGCGAGCUGCUGUUACAAAACUGACACGGCGUUCUGCUGCAGCUGAGCAUUCCGUCUGCUGUUGCCGCGACGACAGGACACGAGGGCUGAAGGUCAACUGAAGACGCCAUGGAGGACCCUCAGCUGUUCAGCGAGUACGGCGGCGCCUACAGGCGUCUGGCGGCGCAGCUGCUGGAUGAGGUGUGGCCCAGCCUCAGCUGGCCCGACGCGCCGCAGCCGGUGCUCGAGGUCGGCUGCGGGCCGGGAAUCCUCACCAGAGAGGUACUGGUUCCACGGUUGCCUCCGUCAACCGUCAUCGUCGCGAGUGACGUGAAUCCAGCCAUGGUGAAGCACGCAAAGGAGCAGAACGCCGUGCCGGCCGUCAAGGCGUACGAAGUGCUAGACGUGAUGGACGCCGACGUGACUAAGACGGCCGUGUGGCAGCAUGGGCCCUACGGCAAGGUGUUCGGCGUGAUGGUGCUGCACUGGGUCCCAGACAACAGGCGGGCCUUCCAUAAUAUAUACAAACUUCUGGCACCGGGUGGUGAAGCGGUGUUUACUCUGAAGGCUUAUUGUACGAUGUUCGACGUCUACCAAUACAUGGCAAAGAACUCCCGGUGGAGUAAGUAUAUGAAGGAUUUCGACAAAUACAUUACUCCAUAUCAGAAUUCGAAGGAUCCUGCCUGUGAUCUUCGUAACAUGUUGAUUGAAGAGGGAUUUGAACCAGUGAUAGUCAAGGCGGAGCCUCGAACUUACAUAUUUCAUUCUGAUUCUGAAACCAGAGGCGCAGUGAAAUCUGUGAACGCGUUCGUCAGUCGCAUUCCAGACGACGAAAAGGAAUCGUACAUUGAUGAUUUUUUAGAGGACUGCUACAAAGUGAAGAUGCUGACAAAAGAAAAGGACGAAAAGUCAGGACAGAUAACGGUCUUCUACCAUUACAUUUCUAUGGUAGCUGUGGCGAGAAAACCACAGCAUUAAAUAUUCUUAUAAAUUUGAUACGUUGGUUAUUUGUGUAAUUUCUUUCACAGUGAUCUGUAGUUUUAAUACAAUAAAGAAGAGACAACUUUUCUAGAGGAGGGGUUUACCGUACUUACACUAAUUUCAGUAUGUUAUUGCCAUACGUACACUAAUUACAGUACUUUAUUAAAAAAGUAGCAUUUUGCCCGUGGCUUCGCCGACGUACAAUUCUGCCUCUGCAAAAGUAUAAAAAGUUGUGAACAAUGGUUCGAU